AUGCCCACCCUCUCUCCUGAAUAUCUGGAAAACUUUGAGUAUGAUGAGUCCUCUGAAGCCUGUGACAUUGGGGAAGUUGUGGCCUUUGGGACUGUCUUCAUGUCCAUAUUCUACUCCCUUGUCUUUGCCUUCGGCCUGGUGGGAAAUUUGCUGGUGGUGUUUGCCCUCACCAACAGCAAGAAGCGCAAGAGUAUUACUGACAUUUACCUGCUGAACCUGGCCUUGUCUGAUCUGCUCUUCGUAGCCACCUUGCCCUUCUGGACUCACUAUGUGCUAAGCGAACAAGGCUUCCACAAUGCUGUGUGCAAACUCACUACCGCCUUCUUCUUCAUUGGCUUUUUUGGAGGCAUAUUCUUCAUCACUGUCAUCAGCAUCGAUAGGUACCUAGCCAUUGUCCUGGCCGCCAACUCCAUGAACAACCGGACUGUGCAGCAUGGCGUCACCAUCAGCCUUGGCGUCUGGGCGGCAGCCAUUUUGGUGGCGGCACCCCAGUUCAUGUUCACAAAGCAAAAAGAAAACGAAUGCCUUGGUGACUACCCCGAGGUCCUCCAGGAAAUCUGGCCCGUGCUGCGCAACGUAGAAGCAAAUUUUCUUGGCUUCCUGCUCCCUCUGCUCAUUAUGAGUUACUGCUACUUCAGAAUCAUCCAGACGCUGUUUUCCUGCAAGAACCACAAGAAAGCUAAAGCCAUCAAACUGAUCCUUCUGGUGGUCAUCGUGUUUUUCCUUUUCUGGACACCCUACAAUGUUAUGAUUUUCCUGGAGACACUCAAGCUCUAUGACUUCUUUCCCAGUUGUGACAUGAAAAGGGAUCUGAGGUUGGCCCUCGGUGUGACUGAGACAGUUGCAUUUAGCCAUUGUUGCCUCAAUCCCCUCAUCUAUGCAUUUGCUGGGGAGAAGUUUAGAAGAUACCUUUAUCACCUGUAUGGGAAAUGCCUGGCUGUCUUCUGCGGGCGUUCGGUCCAUGUUGGUUUCUCCUCAUCUGAAUCACAAAGGAGCAGGCAGGGAAGUAUUCUGAGCAGCAAUUUUACUUACUACACGAGUGAUGGAGAUGCGUCCUUCCUCUGAAUGGAUCCUCAAUGCUUUGUCUCUACAGAGAACCCAGAGUUCCUGAAUCUGACACUGAAUAAUGAGGACAUAUUUUUUUCUUUGUUGUUUCUUACAUGCAAGAAAUGAUGGGCCCAAAGCCCACAAAACAACCCUAGUGUGUUUUUGAGAAUUAUGCUCAAAAUUCGAAUGAUAAAGAGUAGAUAUAUCUCUUAGAGCGAAUGUCAGGAUUUUGUUGUUUACAAACAACAAAAAUUCAGGCCAGACUAGUUUAGUUAAAAAGGGGGUGGUGAAUAUUGUUCACAUUGUGACAUGAGCAAAGCAGUGGCUGAACACUCACGGUGAGUGGAAACCAGGGCUUGAAAC